GUUCUUAAAAUAGAACAUAAACAAGCUAAUCGAAACAUGUAUUAUUAACAUUUAAGAUAUAGAUCUGUAUUAUUUUUUCAUAAAAUGGCUUUGCGCUUAGCUUUAAUAUAUAUUUCAAUAUUUCACUUAACAUUUGUAAGUGGUGAUUUCUUUUCCGACAUUGAAAAAUUAGAUAUUGAUGCAAAACUCAGGGAAAUAGACAAGGCUAUUAAUGGCAUUGGCAAGGGAGAAGAUCCUGUGAUAGACAAACCUCGUGCUAAAGGGAGGAAAUCUAACCCCGAGGAUGGCAGUAAGGAGGAGGAGGACUUUGGCUCCGCGGUAGAAAUGCUGGCUGGCAUGUUUGGAGGUGGCGAGUGUAAAUACCAGUGUAAAAAUGGCAAUAAACCUGUAGCAAAGACGGAGCACAAGCCGACUUCAAAUGGGUGUGGUUCAAGCGGAAUAAAGGUAGAUACUGAUGAUAUACCUGGCAUGGAGGAUUGCUGUCACGAGCAUGAUUAUUGCUAUGAUACGUGUAACAAAGAUCGUGCCGCUUGUGAUAAAGCCUUUAAAACGUGUUUACACGACAUAUGCAAUAAAAUGAAGGCAUUUAAAACUACAACGAGGGUUUCAUACAAAGAUUGUAAAGGCAGUGCUGAUAUAAUGUACGGCGGCACGGUUGCCCUUGGCUGUGAUGCUUUCCUCAAAGCUCAAGAGAAUGCUUGCAGCUGUAGUAAAUCUCAAAGUGACAGUAAUCAAAAAUCAAAGAGAAAAAGUGACCCAAAGCAUACUCCACCACCUGCUAGUGUAAAGAAAGGUAAAAAGGACCGGGCUACUUCGGGACGGCGUAAUGACGAGUUGUAGCCAAUUCCUCGAAUCUGACUAGGAUUGUUCCAAACUUGAGUUUUUGCUUUACGUGCAACUGAUACUGAGUGACCAAACCAAUGAUCAACUUAGUCAUUAUUGUAAUAUUUCUUAAGAAUUUUAUUCAAUAUUAUAAUACUGUUUAGAUUUACGUAUUUGUACAGUUAGUAGAUUAUACAUUGCAUGAAAUCCAAAUAUUAUAAAGGUAUGUAUAUACAUUUUUCAAAUAUAUAUUUUACUUACUGUGAUUUAUUUAUAAUUAUUUUGUCUUCUGUGUUUCUUAGUUAUGAUACAUGUGGGACUGAUGAAGCAUCAUGUUAGAUCUAAAUAAAAUUGUUUUAAUAUA